GAGAGAGGUGACUGUAGAGUGAUGGGACCCGGCUGAGGGAACAGCAGCGAGUGAUCACUCUCCGAGCUGGUAAUGACAGCAGGCAGACAGAUGUGAAGGAUGACUUCUUGCUCAGAGAUCUGUGGGUCAGAGUAUGGUGAGCAAACUCAAGCCAGCGGGAACUACCAGCAGUAUGGAGUCCGCUCCUACCUACACCAGUUUUAUGAGGAGUGCACAGCUUCCAUCUGGGAACGUGAUGAAGAUUUUCAGAUUCAGAGAUCGCCUAGCAGGUGGAGCUCUUUACUCUGGAAGGUCUGUCUCGCGUUCGGCACCCUGAUCUUGUUAACAGGCCUCAUUGUUGUCUUGGUGGGUUAUGCCACUCCAGCCAGGAUCGAGGCAUUUGGCGAGGAUGAUCUCCUUUUUGUUGACAGCCACGCUGUCAGUUUCAACCGCGCCCUAGAUGUCUGUAAGCUGACUGGUGCUGUGCUGUUCUGCGUGGGAGGCACUUCCAUGGCUGUGGGCCUCCUGCUGUCUGCCUUUGCCAAAAGCUACUCCAAAGAAGAAUUGUAUCUGCAGCAGAAGUUUAAGGAGAGGUUGGCAGAUCUGCACGCAACAGUUGGUACCCCCAUAAUGAGAGCUCCCACCCCCGGAGAGGGAAAGGUGCCAGUCACACUUUCCAAAGUCCAGAACAUCCAACCAGCAACCACAAAGUCAGAAACCUGACAGAAGUCCAUAUGAAGGCAUAAAGUGAAGAAGUGUGUUUGAGGAUUGAUUGGAGAGCAGACUGUGUGUGAGUGCGUACACAAGUGUGUGCAUUUUCUUUUAUGAAAGGUCAUCUUAUGACUAAUAAUAUUAGUUCUUCAUCUUUAUUUGCUGUGUUUGAUAUUAAAGUUGGAUUUUAAA